AUGAGCUGGAAUGUCGAGCAAGAGACCAUGCUCUUUAGAGCUGUCUGCCGCUAUAAACCAGCUGGUAUGCACAAACACUUUCGAAUGCUGAGUAUUAGUAAUUUUCUCAACAGUCCGCAUGUUUCAGGAUCAAGACUUUCUAUUCCUCAGAUAUGGGACAAGUUGUCUGAGCUGUAUAAUCUUCCUGGUCUUGACAGUUUAGAAGACAAUGGAGUUGUGGAUGGUAGUGACCCUGAAGCAGAAGAUGAUCAGGACGAGGAAAAUGAACAUGAUUCUGAAGAUGGAGAGGAGACUGUUAGUGCUCGACGUGCCAAGCGUAAUAGCUCGAGAAGUUCGAUUAAACGGAAAUAUCAGGAAAAAGAUGAUGAGGAAGAGGAAGAUGAAGAGGAUGAAGAUAAACAAGAAAAUGAUGAUGAUGAAAAAGUCAAUGGCGAUGGAAGUAACGCUGAAGGAGAAGACGAUGAAGAAGAAGAUAAAUAUCACGAUGCUGAUAGUACCAGUAGUACAGCAAGUGCCAUUGUAGAGUUCGAUUUGCCGUGGGACCAGUAUGGUGAUCUAAUAAUUGCGCAAGCACAGGCCGUAAACGGUGAUGGAGAAAAUGACUCAGAUAGUGAAGCUGAUGAUGGAGACGCUGUAGAUGCUGAACAAAACAAAACUAAUGUCAAGACCGAAAAGGAUCAGAAUGAUGACGACACCAAAAGUAAUCAUGAUGACGACAAGGAGAAUGAACAGGAUGAAGCAGAUGAACAAAAUGAAGAGACUGAAGAAGAGGAAGCAAAGGACAUAGUUGUAAAAUCUGAACAGAAACCAGAAGAAAAUCAACGAGAACGACGAAGCAGAGCGUCAGCUGCUGCUUCUACUAAUGACCAUGCUAUUGAAGAUACUUCUGAAGAGGAACAUGGAGCUGACAGCGAAACUGAUGAACGUGGCCAAAAGCAUUCUGCUAGUACUCCUGACAACAGGAAAUCUUCUAACUCUACCAAGAGAGCCUCUGCUUCUGCUAGUACACCAUCGACAAACAAACGUAAUAGAAAAGCCGCCAAUAUUGCAACUACCGCAGAUGAGGCUAAUAGAGCAGGAACUGAAAACGACGACCAGUCUGGCGGCCCUUCUUCUGAUGAAGAAAACGAGUCAGAUCACUCGGUUGCCUCGCCUCCACACUCAUCGCCCAUAAAACCUGCUAGACGCAAGACCCGUGCUCAAAGUCGGUCGGCCAAACAGGAACCUGACCAAGAAUUAUCACCGUCUGCUCCUACACCUGAAGAAUCAGCAAAAGAGGAGGAAGACGAGCAACCACCGAAAUCAUCCUCGACCCGUUCAUCCAAACGACGCAAAACAGCCACCCCUGCUAAACCACAGGCUCAACCCGUGCGAAGAAGCACUCGCCGUAAAUAG